AUGCCACCAUUACCCACCAAGAAACCCUCGUCGCAAUCUCUUAUAUCCUCAACACUUGCAGCCAUAGCCAACCACUUUAAACCCCACAAAGCAGAGGCUCUCCAACGUAAACGGCUGAACGCCGUCUGUCUCAUAGCUGCUCUUAUGCUGUCUUACUUGCUUCUGGUGCCAUCUCUGCCGAUGGCCAUUCGACAUUGGCAAAAACGGAAUGGAACCGGAAUCUGGUUGUUUGGCACAAGCCCAUUGCCAAACAAACAAUUGUUUGGCAACGGCUUUCACGCUCAUCCAAACACAACCCUCUCUCCUCCCACCACCACCGUUGUCGCUCCACGUAACCGCCCCCCUCACGUUCGACGUGAGGGGGCUCACAUCGACCACCACGCUGCUCACCUGACAUCCAACAACGUUGCCAACACCACAACGCUGUGCCACGUCACCACGGCACACGAACCAGGUCUCGAGGCCCCCACGGAUACAAUUUCUACACAAUGGCCAACCCAAGACAACAAGAACACCCCACGACGGCACCACCCCACCCUCAAACCACCCCAGCACUCCCAAAACAACAUCCACGGCACCACCUCGCCCAUGAAAACACCCCACCCAGUGACCACAAUGGCCGCCCAGUGCCCACAACUGCACAACGGCACACCCCAUCCACGAAAACUCCCCACCGCCCACAAAAUCACCCCAGCCGCCCAUGACAACGGGACGAUGUCCCUCCCCCUUGCUCCCUUCCCCCUUCCUCUACCAUCCCAUCCCUGUCCCUCCCCAUUUCCAUCUACCCCCAUCCCCCACAUCCACGACCUCCCCAACACCAAGAGUGAUGGUGAGGAGAGUAUUGAGGGAGAACCAGAGGUUGGGAAGGGCAAGGGAAAGACUGGUGGCAAGAAGGGGAAAAAAGCAAGGAUGACAGGUGCCCAGCGAGCAGCCAGGGACAAGGUUGAGGAUGAUAAGGGUGUCCCAGCCAGUCUGACACCUGUUGAACAAGCUCUUGAAGCUUCUGGCACAUCUGUUGCACCUCCAAAGCAUACUGGUCACUCAUCUACUUCUUCUUUCCUCCCCCCUGCCCCCACUGUUUCCAGUAGUCGUUCUCGUAUCAAUCAUGAGCCUGCGGUUACUGCUGCACAUGAAGAAACAGGUGAUGAGGAGAGUGAUGAGGAAGAUGGUGAUGAGGGCAGUGAUGGUGAUGAAAGAGGUGAGGAGCAGGAGGUCAUCCGAUUUGGCCCACCAAGAGGCCGUCAUCAGGCCAAGUCUGGUUCCAACCACCAUGAGCCCUUGGCUGAAGACAUUGUUAAAGCUCCUGGCAAUGAUCGCUUGGUUAAAGAUAUUGAUAUUUCUAAUCUUGCACCUCCUGAGAAGGAAGUGCCUGCCAAUGGGUCCUCACGUUCUACAGGAGGCAUUUUGCGUGGGCGUGCCCUUGGGAAUUCUUUCAACAUAGGUGACCCUGUUGGUGAUGUGCUUCAAGAUGUAGCCCCCCUUUCCCAUGGUCGCAUUAAUGUCACAAUUGUGCAACAACCUCCUUCAGAUAUCAUCAUUCAGAAUCCUACCUCACUUCUAAAUGUCAAGUCCCCCUGUUACGAAACAUUGGGCCCACUCCUGAAAAAGGUUGCCAAGUCCUACUCUCCUGUUCAUAGUAUUUGGAAGUCCGGUCUCAUGACUGGAAAAAGACUGUAA